AUGGGACUUGCGGAUCUGAUGGAAGAACACCAAGAAGAGCUGGCAACCAUAGAAGCUAUUGACUCAGGAGCUGUGUACACAUUGGCUUUGAAGACUCAUGUAGGAAUGUCAGUGCAAACAUUCCGAUAUUUCGCUGGAUGGUGUGACAAAAUACAGGGUUCUACCAUUCCAAUAAACCAAGCACGACCAAACCACAAUUUAACGUUCACCAGAAAAGAACCCUUAGGAGUCUGUGCUAUUGUUAUUCCAUGGAAUUAUCCCCUGAUGAUGCUGGCAUGGAAGAGUGCAGCGUGUUUGGCUGCUGGCAAUACUUUAGUUCUGAAACCAGCACAGGUAACUCCGUUGACUGCCUUGAAGUUUGGAGAACUCUCUGUGAAAGCAGGAUUUCCUAAAGGCGUUAUCAAUAUUUUACCUGGUUCAGGUGGUUUAGUAGGACAACGCUUAUCAGAACAUCCAGACAUCCGUAAACUUGGGUUCACUGGCUCAACACCAAUUGGGAAACAUAUCAUGAAAAGUUGUGCUGUCAGUAACCUGAAGAAGGUUUCUUUGGAACUAGGUGGAAAAUCCCCACUGAUCAUAUUCAAUGACUGUGAGCUUGACAAAGCUGUAAGAAUGGGCAUGGGAGCAGUAUUCUUCAACAAAGGAGAGAAUUGCAUUGCAGCUGGUAGAUUGUUUGUUGAGGAAUCUAUUCAUGAUGAAUUUGUUAAAAGAGUGGUGGAAGAAACCCAGAAGAUGAAAAUAGGUGAUCCACUGGAUAGAGCUACAGACCAUGGACCUCAAAAUCACAAAGCACAUUUGGAAAAGCUUCUGGAGUACUGCCAAACUGGAGUAAAAGAAGGAGCAACUUUAUUAUAUGGAGGAAGACAAGUAUGUAGACCAGGCUUCUUCAUGGAACCUACCAUAUUUACCAAUGUUGAGGAUGACAUGCAUAUUGCCCAUGAAGAAUCCUUCGGGCCAGUGAUGAUCAUUUCCAAGUUCAAAGAUGGAGAUGUUGAUGGAGUGUUAGAACGAGCCAACAGAACAGAAUAUGGUUUGGCUUCAGGUGUUUUCACCAAAGACAUAAGUAAAGCUCUAUACGUCAGUGACAAACUGGAAGCUGGAACUGUUUUUAUUAACACUUAUAACAAAACUGAUGUAGCAGCACCAUUUGGUGGAUUCAAGCAGUCUGGUUUUGGAAAAGAUUUAGGUGAAGAAGCUCUUAAUGAGUACCUGAGGACAAAAGCUGUAACUGUGGAAUACUGAACAGGUCGGCCAAGAAUCCCCAUUCUUCCAUGGCAACUACAGGAUUACAAACAACAAAGUAGAAAAUGCUCCCUGGCAUGAACAUGCCAACCAGUGUCUCAGUGCAAUGAUCCAAUUAAGAACAUUUGCAUUUAUUCACAAUGGGAUUCCUCAGAGGAGUUCAACACUUGCUAUGGAUUACUGUGAUCAUAAAGUAUUCUUUCCUGUAGCUAUCAUGUCCUCCUUCAUCUGCUGAUAUUUAGGGCUAUCUGAAGGUGAGACAGAAAUCUAGAAACCAUCAAAUUUCUGAUAUUUUGUCUCUAUGAACCCUUUACUUAAGUUGGAAACAUGCUAUAAUUUUUUAUUUGUCCUCGGUAACCAUGUGGGUCUUGGCCACUUUACACCAGCAUACUUUUUUCCUGCAAUAAACAUUUUUGCAUAUUUGAACUAACUCUGAAUACCAGUUCACCGUAAACAUGGUUUAUG